UCGCAAAUCUCGCCGCCAUCUUGGUUUCAAUCGAUUUGACCGGAAGUGGAAACUCGAGACAGCUAAUCUAAUAGCUAACAUAACUUCCCCACGAAAUGGAGUCCCUAGUAUUGACGAUCUCUCUAACGAUUUUUCGAAUUAAUGACUCCCAUGCAUUAAAUCUACAAUGACCGCUUUGAGCACGUUGACCAAUGUUCGCAGUUUAAAGUUCGCGACUUUCUGCGUCCUCCUUGCGGUCUUAUGCGUCAUUGUCGUCUACUUCACAACAUUUGUCCAGCCUUCUUCAAAGAGGAGAGCUAAAUUUGCUCUGUCUUCGCUCUCUGGUAGAUCUCCCAGCUCAAGAGGAACACCACAUCAAAUUCAAAAACACCAUAGAGGUAUUAUCUACAACCGUGUUGCAAAGUGUGGUAGCCGCUCUAUGAUAUUGCUUAUCUCCGAACUGGCUGUUGCCAAUGGUUUCAAAUUCAUCAAUCACCCGAAAACGCAGCAUUUUUUAACAGCCAAACAACAGCUUGCAUUUGUGGACAUGGUCGAACAACAGUCGCAGUCUUUUAUCUUCACAAGGCAUAUGUAUUUCAUAGACUUCCAAAGGUUUGGAUCCGUCACUCCCAUAUACAUCAACCUUAUCCGGGACCCGCUAUCUCGCCUAGUCUCCCAGUACUAUUUUAGGCGUUUUGGGGAUGGACGUAACAGAACGUGGGAUUUCAAGGGAUCAGAGGCAGGCAGACACAGGUCGUUCGACGAGUGUGUGAUAACAAACCGCACUGAAUGCAUGGAUCCUAAUGCAUUGUUCUACGUGAUUCCCUUUUUCUGUGGACAAUCGAGGAAAUGCAGGGUCUCGUCCAAGUGGGCAUUUAGACAGGCUUUGUAUAAUCUCGUCAACCGCUACCUUGUGGUCGGGAUAUUAGAGGAAGUUGACGAUUUUCUUACAGUGUUGGAAAAACUCCUGCCGAACUUUUUCAAAGGUGCUUUGGAAAUGUGGAAAAUGCCAGAAACUCGUAGAAAGGGUAGACGGCAAGACGAAACAAGGACAAAGAACAAGAAAGCCCCAUCUGCCGAGGUAGUCAGGAUCAUGAAAAAAAGGCUCCAUUUAGAGUACGAGUUCUAUGAAGCAGUCAAAGAACGAUUUCACAGACUGAAAAAAGAGCACGGUCUCGCUGAUUCCGCGGAACGUAUCAGAUUCGCAGACACUAGGAUUACGUCUUAGUAUCCACUAGAUAACGAGAAAGUAACCAUAAAAUGCAAGAAAGCGGUAUUUUCUUAUGUUUAUUGGAUUUCUGCGUCACCGCUUUAGGCCAUUUUCAUAACCGUUACCAAAACAAAUGUAAGAACGGGACGAAGGGGGGAGGAGAGGGGGACUGCUGAGUCAAGUCCUAGUCAUUCCUUGUAUUUGCUUUGGUGGAGAUGCUGGGAACGUUGUUGAUUGUAAAUUUUCUACUCUACUGGCCAUACGCGCGGCGCCCCUAAGUUACAUAUACACGUUUAACGCUUCCACUAUUCAGUGUUUAUUAAGAAGGUUUAAUCGUCUCAGGUCCCCUAUGAUAGAAAGAAAAUGUGAUGGGAGACGUAUUUCGUUUUUCACAAUUUUCAGUCUGAUAUAAGAUCAUGUGAUUUUAUCACGUGUCAAACUCGCGACAAAAUAAACACAGAAAUGGCGACCGUCACGGCAGA